UUCUCUUCCAUAAUCAUCCCUUUAACAUUAAUUUCAUCACCAUUACUAAUCUACACACAAUGGCUUUUAUUUAUAGUUCUUCAACCAUCACUUUUCUUCUAUCUCUAUUGCUCUUUGCUUCCUUCAUGACAGCAUAUGCUGCAGGGAAUUUCUACCAGAAUUUUGAUAUUACUUGGGGAGAUGGUCGUGCAAAAAUACUCGAUAACGGUCAACUUCUCACUCUUUCUCUUGACAAAGCCUCUGGUUCUGGUUUUCAAUCCAAGAAUGAAUAUCUCUUCGGCAACAUCGAUAUGCAACUCAAACUUGUACCUGGAAAUUCUGCAGGCACUGUCACUGCAUACUAUUUAUCAUCAAAAGGAUCAAACUGGGAUGAAAUUGAUUUUGAAUUCUUGGGAAAUGUAAGUGGACAACCAUACAUUCUUCAUACCAAUGUGUUUAGUCAAGGCAAAGGAAACAGAGAGCAGCAAUUCUAUCUAUGGUUUGAUCCAACUGCUGAUUUCCACACUUAUUCCAUUCUCUGGAAUCCUCAACGCAUUAUUUUUUCUGUGGAUGGAACAGCAAUAAGAGAAUUCAAGAACAUGGAAUCAAAAGGAGUUGCAUUUCCAAAGAAUCAAGCAAUGAGGAUAUAUUCAAGUCUAUGGAAUGCUGAUGAUUGGGCAACAAGAGGUGGUCUUGUCAAAACAGAUUGGAAUCAAGCUCCAUUCGUAGCUUCAUACAGGAGUUUCAAUGCAGAUGCUUCCUCAUCCAAUGCUUGGUACUCUCAACAGUUGGAUUCAACAAGUCAACAGAGAUUGAGUUGGGUGCAAAAGAAUUACAUGAUUUACAAUUAUUGCAGUGACACCAAAAGAUUUCCUCAAGGCCUUCCAACAGAGUGCAAUGCAUCUUAAUCAAUCUUAUAUUCAUAUUGUAACCAUAUGUUUGAAGAUUUAAUUUUUUUUUCUUCCUUUUAGUUGGUUCUAUUCAAUUUCUGUAGUAACUUGCCUCAUAUUCAUUUAUUCUUUGAAACAAUUAAUAAAUAAAUAAAUAUUCAAAUUUUUUGUAUUCCAAGCUCAAUUGUUUGUUAAUGAAUCGUG